GUCACCCACCAGCGCGUACGGAUACGCUCCUACAUCCACCGGCUCGCGGUCCCGCCCAACUUCUCUCCUUCCCCUACACAACGCUCCAUACACUGACGCCAUGACCCCUCUUCCUCCCUACCCGCCCCUCGCCCACACCUGGGACCGCCUCAAGAUUUGGCUCGCACGUGAAUACCCAGAACUUGGCGAUACCCUCAAUUACGGCAUCCUCCAGCAGGACCUCGUCCAAAUCGAGAUGGCCAUGGGCGUCCCUCUGCCCUCCGCCGUGCGCGAGUCCUACCUCGCCGUCGACGGACAGGAGGCCGAGUCCUCGGCCGGCUGCUCUGAGGGGCUGUUCUUCGGCCUCUCGCUUCUCCCGCUCGAGGACGUUCUCGAGGAAUGGCGGUUCUGGCGCGAGGUUGACGAGGACCCGGCCACGGGCGCCAACCCGCGCCUGAAGGAGGUGAUGCAGUCCGUGCCCGAGGGGUGGGUCCGGAAGGAGUACUCCUCGCGUGGCUGGAUACCGCUCGUUGUCGAUAAGGCGGGCAAUUAUAUCGGCGUCGACCUUAGUCCCGGCGAGGGCGGCCAGCCGGGCCAGGUUAUUGUCUAUGGGCGUGAUUUUGAUACCAAGGUUGUGCUUUGGCGCGGGGAAGGGUCUGCGGGGUGGGCGCGGUGGUUGUCUGCGUUUGUCGAUGAGCUCGAGGCUGGUGAAGGGUUCGAGAUUGGAGGUCGGGAUGGGGAGAGCGAGGGAAGUGAGGACGGUCUGGGCUAUGAGACUUACUUCUACGAUGGCAACGGGAGAGGGCAAGGAGAAGGAGGAGGCGAGGGUGGCCUUGGUGGCAUCCGGUUUACUGGGGAAUACCGCGGAUGGAGUCCCCUGGAAGUCUGGGCUGAUCGGAGUAUCAAGAAGUGGAUCGAGGCUGGCGUCUUCACAGGCAACUGGUCGAACCAAGGAAAGGGCAAGAACCCCGAGAUGGCUGUCAAUCCAGGGCUUGGUGUACUCCGUGUAGACAGCUCAGCAGAGGUGCCAAUACCCAUCGUCUCUGCCGAGCCUGAAAUCGAGGACGAGGACGCAACCGCAACGGCCCCUCUGGUCGGUGACAAGGAACGUAUAACCCAAAUGAACAUUCCCGCCAUCUCUAUCACGAAACCACCCGCGCCCCUUCCUGUCGGUCUCCCUACUGCUGCGGAUGUUGUCCCCCUACCAUCACCCCCAGACUCGAAUCGUUCGUCGCUCGAGAACAACCUCGAGGCUGGACGGAAUCCUCCUAUGCGAGAGGCUGUCCCUACGAUUGUUACCCCACACUUGCCGUCACAAUCUUUGGACCGCUCUCCGGUUGCUGUGACCCCGCCCGAGGAUGUACCCUCGCCCAAAAUACCCGCACCUGCACCCCUGGUCAACGGCAUCGACGUCUUUGCGGAUUCUGCACCAUCGGAGAUUGUCCCUGUGGUUCCUCUGAGUCCGUCUACUGUCAACCUGAACGGCGGCGAAGCAGUACCAGUCGUAGCUGAAGAAGAGCCCGAAGCCAAGGUUGAGGAUGAGAAGGAGACCACGCCGGAGCCCGAACCUGAAGCGGAAGCGGAAGCUGAGCCAAGUGAUACCAUUCGGUUAGUGGGCGGUGGCGGGUCGGCGGGGGCUGCUGCCGAUGAGGAGAAGAGCGAGGAGAAGAGCGAGGAGAAGAGCGAGGAGAAAGUAGAGGAAGAAGAGCCCAUGGACAAGGCCGCUUCUGAGGCUGCCGAAGUAUCUUCGAUUGCGUCGGUGGACUCAAAGACGUCCAAGAAGCAGAAGCGCAAGUCGAGUCUGGCAACGGGACUUAAGAAGCUGGGUAGCAUGGGCAACAUCAGCGUGAAGAGCAAGCGGAAGACGGAUUCUGUGUCGAGCACAGGCACCAAGGAGAGCGCAUAGCCUGCUUCUGUCUGGUCGGACGGACCAUAAGCGUACGCGUACGAGAUGUGGCGACCACACAUGGACCUCGGAUUAGGUACUACUCAACGGGUGCUUGGGCGGUGUGAUGUUGCUGGUAAGGAUAAUAGUUUUGAUUUUGUUGAUUCGAUUGCUUCGCGGAAUUGGACGUACAUCUCGCUUCGUCUUCGUUCGUUCGUUCAUUCGUUUACUCUACUUUCCCCCACUUCCGUUCGUUUACUCGGCGUCGGGUACUGGUGCGCGGCAUGCUAGCGGGUAGGCUGGAACUAAUCGCAGACUCGAUCCUCAUCCUCAUCCUCAUCCUCAUCCACACCAUCUCUCAUAUACAUCGGUUUUAUCACAAGACAUAUACAAUCCAUCGCCCAUCAUUGCUCACCGUUAUAGUUAGCCACGGUUUAACCCAGCCCUUUUUUCACGUUCAUGUUCAUAAUUUGUAGUUGCGUUUAUCACCUUGCAUGCUUCGCUCGCGUGUUCGUUCGUGAGCGUUGCAACAGCUGCACCGUGACGGUUUACGGUUUACUUCGAUUUUUCUUCUUCCCCGCUCGUCGUGUGGACUAAUACUGCGCUGAUUUGAUAUACCCCAUACAUACACG